UGGAAAUUGAAUCGCACAAACUACUAUCAAGAAGGAUGGCUAGCGACAGGCAACAUACGUGGCAUCGUGGGAGUGACAUUUACCACUUCACAUUGUCGAAAGAAUAUGGACUACCCGCUCCGCACAAACUAUAACCUACGUGGUCAUAGAUCAGAUGUUAUAUUAGUAAAAUGGAACGAGCCUUAUCAGAAAUUAGCUUCAUGUGAUAGUUCCGGCAUUAUAUUUGUUUGGAUAAAAUAUGAAGGUCGUUGGUCUAUAGAAUUGAUCAACGAUCGUAACACACCAGUAACACAUUUCUCUUGGUCUCAUGAUGGGCGCAUGGCGUUAAUAUGUUAUCAGGAUGGCUUUGUGUUAGUUGGUUCAGUGGCUGGUCAACGCUACUGGUCAUCGAUGUUGAACUUAGAAUCUACUAUAACCUGUGGUAUAUGGACACCUGAUGAUCAGCAAGUAUAUUUCGGAACUACUCAGGGACAGAUUAUUGUAAUGGAUGUACAUGGUGCUAUGGUGUCGCAAGUACAAUUGUGCAGCGAUGUGGGUAUUACUUCAAUGGCUUGGUCUUGUGAAAAGUUCAAAAUGGAAGAGGGUGAAGAAGCAGAACCGGGAGUUACCAAUGCCUCAAAACGUACUUUUGUGCUUGCGGUUAGUUUUCAAAACGGUUACAUAUACUUGCUUAAAUCAUUUGAUGAUGUUUCUCCUGCUCAUAUAAAUACUGGUUUGAAUGGUUCACUCGGCAUGGUUAUGGAGUGGAGUAAUUCUCGCGAAUUAUUAGCAGUAGCCGGAACAGUUCAACAGCCUACUGCAUUGCUCGACAGUCAUGGCGCGACAAUGUAUGAAAACACACUUAAAUUCUACACUGAAAGUGGUGUUUUAUUAUACCAGGCGCGUAUACCGAAUAGUACAUCACCAGUGUCAGCCUUAACUUGGGGUCAUAAUGAUAAACGCUUAUUCAUAGCAACAGGAACACAAGUACAUAUAGCCUGGGUGUCGCGACGUGUUGCCUCGUUGCAACUUUUGUGUCGCCUACAAAUACAGGCGCGUAUAGGUUCUGAUGCCGUUGUUGCCUUGCUGCCUUUACCAUCAAGAAUUAAGUCUUUGAUCGGUAAUUUAUUUGCUCAAACUAUAAGAUGUUGUGUACCUGAUUUAAAAUCAUUAAGAGAAUUUGUUUCGCGACCUCCCGUAUGUUCCACUCGUUUGCACUGCACAAUGAUACGACAUGAUGAUGAUUCCAAUUUAAGUUCCGGUACAUGUUAUACUCUGUAUUUAGAAUAUUUAGGUGGCUUGGUGCCACUUCUAAAAGGCAAACGUACAUCGAAAAUACGUCCAGAGUUCGUUAUAUUUGAUCCACAAGUGAACGAUUCUUCAGUAUUUUUCCAAUAUUCGCCAGAUUCAAAAAGUUCCUCUGGUUCAAGUCAAUCUACUACAACGGGUAAUAGCGGACGUACUGAUUCUUCUGAUAGUGAGUAUGAAGAUCGUUGUCGUGGUUCACCCCGCACACCGCGUAAGCGUAAAAUAAGACAGAAAAAACGGCCUACAGGUAAUACAGAUAGAACUACAGGUUCUGGAGUAACAAAUGAUCCGGAUAGCUUGGAUGAACUUGCCUAUGUAGACACAUUACCCGAGGAAGUCAAACUGGUUGAAGUUACCUCAAAUAUUUGGGGUACUAAAUUCAAAAUUCAUGGACUUGCUAAAACCGUCCCAGCCAAUUUAGGCCAAGUAACAUAUAAAACGUCCCUGCUGCAUUUGCAACCCCGGCAAAUGACUUUAGUCAUAACCGAACUACGCGACGAUUUUCCACUUGGGCCCGAUCCAAAUUUUAAUCCAAACCUCUUCUCUGAGGAUGAAGAUGAAGCUAUAGCAGCACACAACGCCAAUGGAUUAAACAGCAGUUUGCCAAAAAACUCAACAGCUACAAAUGAGCCUUUAACAAAACCUCCUAGCAUAGCACAUCGACGACUCAAUGAAAGCGCUCCACCUAUAGCACCAAUGUCACCUCGACCUAAUCGUUUACUGACACGACAUAAAAACUCAUUAAACGGUAACAAUCUUACAGGUAGUAUGGGUAUGAGUCCAUUAGCCAGAGCUGAGUCUUAUGAUGACGACUCUUCCAAUGAACAACUGGAAGCAAAUAACAAUAGUGCUAUUCAAGCUUCAACAUCGACUGUUGCUGUACUUCACAAUACUACAAAUGGUACAACUAAUAAUAAAAUUUCGCGUCCAAAAAAUAUAACAACAACAACACCUGGUUCUCGUUCUGGACCUGGACCAGGAUAUAGUAGUUUUAAAAAUAAUUAUAGUCGUUCAAGUUCAAAUUCUAGUUGUCAGUCACGUCAUGCGAUAUCACCACUCUAUUGUGAUGGUUCCGUCCCUACAUUACAAUCACCAAAAAACGCGGUGGCUCCCACUGAU